AUGCCGUUGGUGGACUAUAUAUCAAAUGAGGAAGCAGAGCUUAUGCGUGUUGCUAACGCUUCUUCGCAGCGGAGGAGAUCUUCUGUUGUGUCCAUGGAGUCUGGAAAGACAAAAUAUAUGCCGCCUUGGACUACUCCCUAUAUUAUCGGUAUAGGUGGUACUUCUGGGUCUGGCAAGACUAGUGUUGCUAGUAAAUUGGUCUCAGAAAUCGAUGUUCCUUGGACGGUAUUGAUCUCCCUGGACAACUUUUAUAAGCCCUUGGAUAAAGCUCAACGGAAGAGGGCCUUUGAAAAUAAUUACGAUUUUGAUGAACCAGAAGCUGUGGAUCUGGAUUUAGCAUAUCGAUGCAUUCUUGCUUUGAAGGAAGGUAAGAAAACUGAGAUUCCUGUUUACAGUUUUGUUCACCAUAAUCGAGUCCCAGAUAAAAACAUCACCAUAUAUGGAGCAAGUGUAAUUGUCAUCGAAGGUAUCUAUGCUUUAUACGAUAAGAGAUUAUUAGAUUUGAUGGAUUUGAAAAUAUACGUCGAUGCAGACUUGGAUAUUUGCUUGGCGAGAAGAUUAUCAAGAGAUAUCAUCACUAGAGGUAGAGACUUAAGUGGUUGUAUUCAACAAUGGGAAAGAUUUGUCAAACCAGACGCUGAUAAAUAUGUUAAACCAACUAUGAAGAAUGCUAAUGCCAUUAUCCCUUCAAUGGCUGAUAACCAGGUAGCUAUAAAAUUACUAAUCAACCAUAUUAAAUCUAAAUUAAAACUAAAGUCAGAGGAACAUGUUGAAAAAUUACUGAAAUUAGGUGGACUCGAGUCUAAGGAUUCGAAACCUUUAUCAUAUUACAAGAAUAUUUUUCAAAUACCAGCUACUAACCAAGUUAAAGCAUUGAGAACAAUGUUAUUAGAUAAGAAUUUGAGUAGAGACGACUUCGUUUUUUAUUUUGACCGUGUUGCCACUAUUUUACUAUCAAGUGCAUUAAAUAAUAUCAAUAUCCAAUCUAGAGUUACUAUAGAGACUCCGGAAGGUCACCAUGAAAAAAAUAUGAUCAGAUGCGACUUUGAUUCUGUUAUUGCAGUUAAUAUUAUCCGUUCUGGUGACUGCUUUAUGAGUUCCUUGAAAAAUACUAUUCCAAGCAUAGCGAUCGGUAAGCUCCUAAUCCAAUCAGACUCACAAACUGGCGAACCUCAACUGCACGCUGAAUUUCUUCCUCCAAAUAUUCAUCUAUGUAAUUCCGUCCUGCUAAUGGAGGCUCAUGUCAUUACAGGAGCCAAUGCCAUCAUGGCAAUUCAAGUGUUAUUAGAUAACGAUAUUUCUUUAAAGAAUAUCAAGUUAGUCGUUUACAUGGCCACAGAAGUUGGUAUCAGACGUAUCUUAAAUGCAUUUGGCUCUAGUAUUCAAAUUUAUGUUAAUUUCAUUAUUUCAAAUGAAAAAAUUAAAAGUGGUAACCAUAAUUGGGCAGUCACUAAGUUUAUUGACACAAAAUAUUUCGGUUGCAACUAA